AUGUCAAUCCUCGACAAGAUCAAGGCCGGCGUCGGCCCCAAGGAGGCUCGCCCAGAGGCCACAGAGACUCCUGUCACUGAGGCUGGUAUCAACGCCGACGAGAAGGCCGAUGUCAACCAAGACAUCAACGAUGCCAUCGACCAAAGCGCUCCCGACCAGAGUGCUUCCCAUGGUGUCCAAGACAUCCAGGCCAUCACCUUGGUCUGGGGCAAGGGCUCCCUCGCUGCCCUUCUCUGUCUCAUCUGGCUCCUCUUCCUCGUCCAGGGCUUCCGUAUUUCCAUCUUCGCUGUCAUGCUGCCCUAUGCCACCAGCGAAUGGGCUUCUCACUCCCUCCUGACUGUUGUCGCUAUUGUCGCUGAUUCCAUGACCUCUGCCGUCUACAUCCCCAUGGCCAAGGUGCUCAAUGUCUGGGGUCGCGCCGAGGGUUUCCUCCUCAUGGUUUGCUUUGCCACCAUUGGCCUUAUCCUCACUGCUGCCUCGCACAACCUGGCCACCUUCUGCGCUGCCCAGGUCUUUUACUCUGUCGGCUUCGGAGGCAUGAUCUACACUGUCGGUGUUCUGGCUGCUGAUGCCUCCAACCUCCGCAAUCGAGGUCUGACUUUUGCCUUCACCUCGUCCCCUUACAUGAUCACUGCCUUUGCCGGAUCCAAGGCUGCUGAGGCCUUCCUGCUCAACGUCAAGAACUGGCGCUGGGGUUUUGGCUGCUUUGCCAUCAUCCUGCCUGUCGUCACCUUCCCCCUGUACUUGGUUCUCAAGAUCAACCUCCGCAAGGCCGUCAAGCAGGGUAUCGUUACCCACCAGAAGAGCGACCGCACCAUUCCCCAGAAGAUUUGGUACUUUCUCCGCGAGUUUGAUAUCGUCGGUGUCUUCCUCUUUGGUGGCGGCUUGACCGUCUUCCUUCUGCCAUUCACGCUCGCUAGCCACGCUCCCAACGGCUGGAAGUCCGACUACAUCAUCGCCAUGAUCAUCGUCGGCUUCAUCGUCCUCGUCUUGUUCGGUCUCUGGGAGUACUACUGGGCUCCCGUCCCCUUCCUCCAGGGCAAGUUCCUCACCGACCGCACCGUCAUUGGCGCGUGCCUCAUCGACAUGACCUACCAGGCCUCGUACUACUGCUGGAACCUCUACUUCACCUCUUUCCUGCAGGUCGUUGCCAACCUCAAGCCUGCCGAGGCUGGAUAUGUCAACUCGACCUUCCAGAUCGUCUCGGGUGUCCUCCUCUUCAUCGUUGGUUACGCUAUCCGCCGCACUGGCUACUUCAAGUGGCUCUUCUACCCUGCCAUCCCUCUGUACCUCUUCGCCCAGGGCCUCAUGAUCCACUUCCGCCAGCCCAACCAGUACAUCGGCUACAUUGUCAUGUGUGAGAUCUUCAUCUCCAUCGCCGGCUCCAUCUUCAUCCUCAACAUGCAGUUGGCCGUCCUUGCUGCUGUCGAGCAAGAGUACAUUGCCGCUGCUCUGGCUACUCUCUACGUCUCGGGUGGUAUCGGUGGCGCCAUCGGCGGUGCCAUCUCGGGUGCUAUCUGGACCAACACCUUCCUUCCCGCCCUUCAGCGCAACCUGCCCGAGGAGGCCAUGGCCAACAUCACCAUGAUCUACAGUAUGCUCCCGACUCAGCUGUCCUACCCCGUCAACAGCCCUACGAGACUCGCCAUCCAGAAGUCUUACGGCUACGCCCAGACCCGAAUGCUGACUGCCGGUCUCGUCAUCAUGACCCUGUGCGCUAUCUGGGUCUUCAUGCUCAGAAACAUCAACGUCAAGAAGCUUACUCAGACCAAGGGUACCGUCAUGUAA